GGCUGCGGCCGCCCGGGCGCUGGGUGGGGCCGGGCUGCACCGCGCCCGGCGGCGGAGGGAGGGCCCCGGGUUGCUACCGCCCUCUGUGUGCGCUCGGCCUGGGCCCGGCGUAGGGCAGCUGGCGGGCGGGGGGAGCGCGGCGUGAGCGAUGGCUCUGGGCUCGGCUUGGAAGCAGAUGUCGUGGCUGUACUACCAGUACCUGCUGGUGACCGCGCUCUACAUGCUGGAGCCCUGGGAGCGCACUGUCUUCAAUUCCAUGCUAGUUUCCAUUGUCGGAAUGGCACUGUACACGGGCUAUGUGUUCAUGCCUCAGCACAUCAUGGCAAUAUUGCACUACUUUGAAAUUGUGCAGUGAUGAAGAACGUCUUUUCAAGAAGUUAUUUGGCUCUGAAGUCUGGUCUGCAAAGAAGAAUGAACCUCUUAGUUUUAACAAGACUUCUACCGAUGUCAGAAAGACACAAAUAUGACUCUGAAGACAAGAAACAAGCUAUGUAGUGGCAGGGACAUGAGGUGUUCCCUAUAUUGUGUUCAUCCCUUUUAAUUUUACAAGAUACGCCCUUGUAUAGUAGCUUUGUCUACUUUAACAUUGUGAUUGUUCUUUGAUAUCAGUAUUUUCUUAACUUUGUGACAGUUUCAAUAUUGCACUGUGAAAGCUUUUCCUAACUGUAAUUUUGAGUAACUCUUAAUUGCCUUCUAUUUUUAAUCAGAAAAACCAUCUUAUUAAAUGGGGCUUUAAAGCUUUUGCUAUUGUAUGGUUUGCAUUUGCUGGGUAUUUCUAUUAAUGCUUUUUGUAAGAAAGGACAUCUAGAUUCCUAUUAGAGACAUGGAUAUAUUCAUCUAAUGCUAUUUACAAAAGUUGGUUUGUAAGACUAAACUCAGGUGUACUCUUUGCUGUCCAUUCCUUUGCUGAACAGUCUUAUUUGUGCAUAUGGCCUAAAUUAGGAAUGAGCAGUCAUUUCGAGUUUCUGUAUUCUGCCUCUUGGAGCAGGGUGGGGGAGAUGCAUUGAGGUGGAGUGAAGGCUGUGUUCAUGAAGUUUGGAAUAGUGCCAUGGUUCUGGACUUUAUCUGCUGUGGGGUUGGGGGGAAGACUUUACUGACAUAGGCUCACAUAAGCACUUUAAAGCAACCAUUUUCUAGCUAUUGAUUCAAUUGUACUUUUCCAGGAUGCUUUAUUAUGUUCCAAGGGUUAUGAUUUCUGCUAAUUUUCACUCAACAGUGUAACUUUGUGUAGGUUUUAAAGGGGUUUUCUAUUGCUGCUAGUGUUCCAAACAUGUUCUUGCUACAAAUGACCAAAACAUAGGGGUUUAAAUGGACUAGAGUUACAACUACAGCAAUAAGUAGCUCAAACCUUGGCUGAAGUCCUGUCUUUGUUUUGUUUUGUUUUGUUUUUUUUUUAAUAGGGAUUUUCUUUUUCAGUUUUGUAUUCCAAAAUGUAAGGUGGUGACAACCUGACUUUCCUAAGUGGAGGACUUUUUGUUGUUUAAAAAAAAAUAAAAGUUGAAGUGCAGAGUUUUGGUGCAGAACUGUCUUUGAGAAGCUGUGUUUCUGAAUGCUGCUUGCUUUUCUCAAAACUUUCCAAAAGGCAGAAAAAUGACAAGGAAUUGUGUGUUUUGGUUUUUUUUUAAUGGCCCAGUGGUAGAUAAUAGGUACUGGUAUAUCUUUUAUGCAACUUUUGUUGAAACCUGGAAGUAUGUCUAAGUUCUACAGCUAAAGUUUUGUCUUUUAGGUGUAUUUAGUCAUUUCAGUUUAUUUAAUUUUUUUUUCAAAUGCAUGCUCCUGUUUUUAAGAACUUCACAGUGUCUUUGAUUAAAAACUUCCUCGUCAUCUUGGAGCUCUAAACAGUGGGCCACAUACUUCUUAGGUGAACCCUGGCUUUACUGAAGUUGGUAGGAGUCUCCUACUACAUUAGUGCCUUUGCUUAUUAAUAACUGGCUGUCUAAACACAGGUAGGUUUUUGGGGGUGGUAGUGGUGUUGUGUUUUUGCUUUUAGUAUCCAGGGUGGUAGGUGUUUUAAGUAUAUGUGGAGAUAACAAUAAGCUAAUGUUCUCUUUUUGAAGUAGUUUAUCAUAGAGUCGUUCUGUCCAUGGAUUAGAUUUGUACUGUGACAUUCCUUUGUGAGCUACUACUGUGAUUGGUACACAUUCACUGCUCAGAAAGGGGUUUAGUGGUGUGGGGGCAUGGAGGAAGCCCUGUCUGUGCAGUGACAUUAAGAAUGUGAAGCAUGAUCUUUAAUUGUGAAAGAUUUUGUAAAGGAACUUUGAUAUACUGACUUCUAUCAGCUGUCUGCUUUUUAUUGAGGGGAAAAAGGAGUAAUAAUCUCCAGUCACUCGCAUUACAUUGGAGUGGACUUGAUAGAUACCAUACUUGAAGUCAAUUUUCUAAUUUAAGUGCAGUCUUUUUCAGUUAUAAAUCAAGAAUAUCAUAGUCUUGGACUGUUCUAUUUGAUUCUGGAUGCUUUGUUAAAGAUGGAAUAAUAUAAUUAAUAAAAUGCUGUAUAUUACUAGAA